UAUGACUCAUUUCUUUUGACGGGUAAAACGACGCCGGCUUGGCGGUCUUUUGUUUUAGUGAAUUAUUCGUUUUUGCGUACAAGAAUAAAACUCAAAAAUGGCGUACAAAGGCCCACCGAAAGUACAAAAGGUGAUGGUACAACCCAUCAACCUUAUCUUCAGAUAUCUGCAGAACAGGAGUCGUGUGCAAAUUUGGCUGUACGAGAACGUGAAUUUGAGGAUUGAGGGUCACAUCGUAGGAUUUGACGAAUACAUGAACAUUGUGUUGGAUGAGGCAGAAGAAGUGCAUAUGAAAACGAAAAACCGCAAGCAAAUCGGACGUAUUAUGAUGAAAGGGGACAAUAUAACGCUCAUCCAAAAUGUCAACCCUAACGCGACGACUGUGUGAAAUUAGGUUAAAAAGCUGAACAUUCCUAGCUGAUAAGUGUGUGGUCAUCGUUUGUGACUUGUGAAAGUGUGCAUCAGCGAUCUACUACAUUUUUUCAUUAAAACUUAAGAUUAAA